AUGCAAAGUGCAAUUGCCCAGCAAAUUCCAGAUAUUAUUCAGCUUGUCGUUGCUAGCUUGAAUGACUGCAACAAGUCUGCUGACUUCCCUCAGCUCUUUACAGAAGAUGCAAAGCUCACAUUUGAGACAACAAAGAAAGAAUCUAGAGAUCACGUUGUAGCAUUAUUCCAGGAGAAGCAGAAGACAUUAGAUGCUAAGGGACCAUUCUCUGUUACAAAAUAUUCAUUUGUUAUUGUCUCAGAGACUGAAAUCAUUAUUAAUGGUUUAGCACAAUGGGGUGGAGUUAACAAUUUACUUACAAUUUGUUUCCAGAUCUCCAAAGAUCAAAAGUUGCAGAUUUCAAACUUCAUGUUAACAAAAUUAGCGUAA